GCGCGGCGGAGGCGGAAAUUCCCGAGCCGCGUGUUGCCAGUCUGACAGAGUAAACGAAGGCACGAACGCGACGCUUCCAGUCCAAGCAACCGAAGCGGGGCGACAGCCGAGGGCGGCCGGCAUGGGGAUCGUGGAGGCAUGGGUGCGGGAGAAGCCCAUCCGCACCUUCCUAGCCCGACUCGCCCAGCGCCGGGCGGAGGCGGCCGCCGCCUUCCUCGCCUCCCCCUCCGCCACCGCGGUCAUCGACGGCGAGGGCGGCGGCGACGGGAGCAUCCCGCAGCUCUCCUCCGUCGCCAACUCCGUCGUCUCCCGCUGCUCAAGAGGAUCGCACUAGAACUACACCCAAAUGCCGCAGACUGCUGUUGUCCCCGAACUCGAUUGGUACUAGAAGUCCCGAAGUCUAGAAUUGCAGCACAGAGAACUCCAUUGGGUGAUUGCUGGGAAAAAGAUAGAGCAAUCUCAACAUUUUGCUGGCCUGAGCAUUUAAUUGGUAUAUUUGUCCUGUGGAUUCUUGCUCUUUCAAUUGAGAACUUACAGCAAAGCUUUGAGACUGAUUUUCCACACAAUUGUAAUGAGGCUAAUACAUAUGCAAGAGACCUUUUAGAGUAUUGCUGCCACAAAGCUCUUCAUGAAGUUACUACACGUCCAGACUAUUUGGCUGAUAAGAAUCUUCGCCGCUUGAUGUUUGAUAUGAUGCUUGCAUGGGAAACCCCAGGCGCUCAGGAUGCGUCAGUAGAAAAUGGUUCUAUUGUGCGUGAUUCCCUUGAGAUUGAAGAUGAGGAUGAGGGGUCAAUUUUUUAUGCAAAUUCCACAAGAUUGGCUGUUCAAGUUGAUGACAAGAAGACAGUCGGGUUAAGUGCUUUUGCACGAAUAGCACCUUCAUGCCCAAUAAUAGCUGACCUGGUUACUGUCCACAAUCUGUUUGAUGCACUUACAAGUUCAUCUGGAGGCCGAUUGCACUUUCUUGUUUAUGACAAGUAUCUCAAGAGUUUAGACAGGGAAUUGAGGUCUGUGAAAGGUAUCAUGCAAUCAUCACUUGCCUCAAGUUUUCAUCUUGAUGCUGGAGAAUGCAUAUUAGCUAUUGAUGGAGACAAGCCUAUUCAUCCGGUACUGCAACAUAUUGGAAUAUCGGCGUGGCCAGGAAGAUUGGUCCUCACAACACAUGCUCUUUAUUUUCAGAGUAUCAGAGUGGGAUAUGGUGAUAAGAUUGUUAAAUACGAUCUAUCAACAGAUUCAAAUCAAGUGAUUAAGCGUGAUUUGACUGGACCGCUGGGUGUCCGCCUCUUUGAUAAAGCUGUGAUGUACAAAUCAAGCACUUUGACAGAACCAAUUUAUUUUGAUUUCCCUGAAUUAGGAGGUCCUUCACGAAGAGACUAUUGGUUAGCAAUCACCUGUGAAGUAUUGCAGGUGAACAGAUUUAUCAGGAAGUUCAAUCUUGGAGAUGUUCAGAGAGCAGAAGCACUCUCAAAAGCUAUCUUGGGCAUUUUGAGAUACUCUGCUGUCAAAGAAGCUUUUCAUAUUGCUCCUUCCCACUUUAAGACAACACUUACUUUUAGCUUAGCAGAAAAGCUUCCAAAAGGAGACAUGGUCUUAGAAGCCCUGUAUAAUAACUAUUUCCAACUCCUGGACUCUUCAUUGAGACAUUUGGCAAUUGAUUCUGCAGUCGAUAAAAUGUCAGAGAACCAUUCUGUACCAUUUUCUUUGUAUGCUCUCUCUAGAAUGGGUUUUCUUCUGCUGAAGACAAAAGAUGAAACUGAAAAGGAAAUGAGCUUUUGUGCUGUUUGCUUUGGUGUAACAAAAUAUCUGCAGGCUGCCCUGAAAGAGUCAAUUUGUUACUCUGAGAGAAUAGAGUCAGCACGUGCUACAGUCGAUCAAGUAAAGGUGGAAGGCAUUGAUGUAAAUCUUGCCCUCAUGCAGGAGUUACUCUUCCCUUUCAUUCAAGUAGGCAAGAUUGUUUACUCUCUCAGCCAAUGGGAAGAUCCUUUUAAAUCACUUCUAUUCUUAGCUUUUAUGCUGUAUGUUAUUCAAAGGGGUCUGGUCAGUUACAUUGUGCCCUUUGUUUUCUUAACUUUUGCUAUUAUCAUGAUUUGGCAUAAGUAUGUUGGAGACGGAAAAUUGUUGGAAGUGCUUGAAGUGAAACCUCCUCCAAGUAAAAAUGCUGUUGAGCAGAUUUUGACAUUGCAGGAGGGUAUAUCCAAGUUAGAAGAGUUUCUACAGGCUGCAAAUAUUACUCUUCUGAAGUUCAGAUCUGUCUUGUUUGCCUGUGUUCCUAAGGCCACUGAAGUAGUUGCAGCUGUACUUAUUGUCACAGCUGCAUUUCUUGUCUUCGUACCUUCCAGGCAUCUGCUACAGAUGUUACUCCUAGAGAUGUAUACAAGGGAGAUGCCCCUAAGGAAACAGAACACUGAAAAAUUCCGCAGGCGAAUUAGAGAGUGGUGGGCUCGCAUUCCUGCUGCACCUGUGCAGAUGAUCAGACCUAACGAAAGCAAGAAAAAGAGAUGACCAUGGGCUUUGGGCUCUCGAAUAGAAAAAAAAUAGCCACAGAUUUCACCAUUCCCCGGUUUGAACCUGAUCAGCUAACUUGUAUAGACUUUAACCCUGACUGCGUAGUAAUCAAAAUGCUACGGAAUUCCACUAAAAAACUAGCCUUGGUAUAGUGCUGUGUUACUAUGAGUGUAAAAUGAUGGAUGCAAAAGAAUUAUUCAUUUUUCUUGCAAGACAUUUCUUAGAAGUUUCUAGAGCUCUAAUGUGCUCUAGAAGAAUUUAUCAGAUGUUAGGACUAAUACUUGGUUGGAAUGUAAGGCUCCGUUUGGCAAAGUGAAUCCAGUAGGAGUUCUGCCAUUUUUUUUUUCCA